UUCAAAAUUCAGCAGGUCUAUGUAAUGUGCUAAGCAUCUAAUGUUUUUGGAAAAUUUUGGAUUUCGUACAAAAAUUAACAACAAAAUUAAUCAAACCGAACCUUCAAAAACUACAGUCAUCUUUAAAAUUUGAGUAUUCAAAACAGACCUACGGCAAUGAGUCUUCACGCCACCUAUGACGAUAACAUAAUUAAUGAAUCUGCAGAGAAUCAAAAUCUACCAUUUUUUGUAUAUAAAAAUUUUGGAGGCAAACAGUCCUUUGAUUGUCCACCAACUAAUGGCCACGUUAUAAAAACAACACAAAAGUUUCUCAAUUUGGAGAAAAUGGCAUCAAACCCAGUUAAACCUGAUCUAUUAGCACUAAAAUCUGGCAUGAUAACACAUAGGCGUGACCAUUUCAUGACAAUUAACAACAUUGGACUUACUUUGCCUCGAGAAUUUGAUUUCAAGGAGACGCGAAAUAGAAUAAAUCAUUUGUUGCACAGUCACACUGAUGAAAGCCUUCCAAGAGGUGGUAUGGUGCAACAGUUGAUUCAAAAUCUGGAGUCUAAUAUUAGGACUCCAGUCUUAGAAGAGAAUCAACAUGACAUGGACAUGAAACGAUUACAUGCAUGCGAUAAUGGAUCAACCAAAACUGCGGAUGAUCUUGAAAUAGGACAGUAUAACAUACAUGUUAAUGCGCAGGUAACAAAACUAAGUGAGGAUCCAGUUUGUGCCAAGAAAAAGACGAAUUCAAAUUAACAAAUAAGUUUACCAUCAACAUUGGAAUUACCGAGACUUAUAAAACUGAGAUGUAACGUCUCUGGUAUCAACUAUUACAUCUAAAGUAAGUCAUCUAUAAAUAAGGAAAAGUCGUGACAUAGAUAUAGGAACACUCGUUGUUGUUUACUAAUAACAAUGAACUUAUCGAAACUCGUCACGUCCUAGUCUCUUUUUGUAAAAACUCGCGAAUAUUCUGAACCUAAAUAAAUCACACGCCAGCUAAAAUAUUUGUUUUAAUAAUAAUAUUUGGUCUACUUCUCAUAUAAAGCAUAUUUUAUUUGGAAAAGAUUAGAGCAUAGCCAUCCAUUUAGACGGGAAUGCUUUGAAUAUAUUUCAAUAU